AUGUCUAAACGUACAAAAUUAAAUUUUGAAAAUAAAUUAAAUUUUGACGAUGAAGAAUUUUUAAUUUUUGAAGUGGAAAAACGACCAUCAUUGUGGGAUUACUCUUUACUCCUGGCGCAACGUAAAUGUACAAUAAAACAACAGUUAUGGUUAGAAAUAGCUUUGGCAUUAAAUGGCAAAAUAAGUGCAGAAGAAGCGCAAAAAAAAUUCAAGUCCUUGCAUGAUACAUAUCGCAAAAUCGUACAAUCAGAAAAAAGGCCCAGUGGAUCUGCUAGGAAGGCAGAUUCUGCAGUCCAAAAGUGGCCUCAUUACCAUUCUAUGAGUUUUCUUAAAGACUCUUGUCUUUAGAAAAAGUAAGCAUAAAUG